AUGCUUCUUUUAAGUCUCCAAAAUGGAUGGAUUAGUGAAGAAGAAUUUUUGAUUCUCUACGAAGCAAAUACCUCCAAAAAUUUACCAUUUCCCCACGGCAAUUACAGCCGCUUCGAGCUUGAAAACAUCGACGAAGCAGAAUGUUUACGCGAAUUUCGAGUUCGGAAAAGUGAUGUUCCUUGUCUAAAGGUUGCCUUGGGAUUGCCAGAUGCUUUUUCAUGCGAACAAAGAUCACUGGCAGAAGGAACGGAGGGACUUUGCAUAGUCCUUAAGCGUUUGGCAUACCCUUGUCGGUAUAGUGAUAUGAUCCACAGGUUCGGACGACCAGUGCCAGAAAUAAGCAUGAUUUGCAAUCAUGUAAUCGACUGGAUUUAUGAUCAUCACAGCCAUAAAAUAACCGAAUGGAAUUUCAAUAUCCUCAACCCUGCACUUUUAGAAACGUAUGCAGCUGCCGUAACUCAGAAAGGUGCAGCGCUAAACAAUUGCUUUGGCUUUGUUGAUGGGACUGUGAAUGUUUCAGAAUGUUUCAGAAAUGUUUCAGAAAUGUUUCAGAAUGUUUGUGAAUGUUUCAGAAGGCAGAAAGCAUGA